AGGCAGCAGGCGGAACAGAAACAACACUGCAUUGUUCAGGGGGAACCAUAACAUCGUCGGACACUGUGUGGUCUCUGAGCUGACAGCGUUUUUGAAGGGAUGUGUGAAGCAGCAGAGAAGAACCUGUAUGCUGUCUUGGGAGCCAGCCCCUCAGACUCAGUCCAGCAGCUCAGACACAGGUACCAGCAGCUGGCCUUACAGUACCAUCCAGAUCGUCUCAGAGGUGAGUGUCCUUCAGAGGCAGAGUCUGCUGUGAAGAAGUUUCUAGAAGUUGAUGAAGCUUGGAAGAUCCUUAGUGACCAGAACACCAGGAGACAGUAUGACCUGCAGAGGAGAGCACUGGAACUGAAACAGGAUUGGCCUGUGGAUUCUACAGUCUAUCUGGACGACAUGACCUGGGAUCCAGAUGAGUGUGUGUAUACAUACAGCUGUCGCUGUGGAGGAGGAUUCAAUGUCUCUGAGGAAGAGGUGGAGGAGGAGACACAGAGGAGGCAGCUGGAUAAUGAAGAGGAGGACACAAAGGAUGAAGAGCACAGAGGAGUAGUUGUUUGCUGUGAUACAUGUUCCCUCAGUGUGUAUGUCACAUGGUCAUUACGUAGAAAGACUCAAAUCUUAAAAUGCCAAUAAUAAUCCUUGUUUGGAAACCUGCCGAGCCUGGCUACCUCACAAUUGUGUCAACAUUACCCUCUAUGGAAGAGGACACCAAAUCAUCAAUGUGUUGGUCAGUCGAAGUAAAAAGUGGAAGAGUU